AUCAUCCCCAACCUCAUCAAGUUUGAACUAAGGACGAGGUGGAGACACUGAUUAUUCUCUUCCAGCGGAAUCAAACAUUCGUUUGUCGGAAGACACAGUGUAACUAUCGACCAACCACUCCGCAGACAUGCCAGAGGCCAUUAUAGGCUCUCUCUUUGCCAAAUGCAUAAAAUCUCGUACAGAGAGUACAACAAUAUUCAGCUCUGCGCAAAGGGUCUUGCAUUGGUCAUAUGUUAUGCGAUGACAUGGCCGUUACUAUUCCAUGUCAAUUUGACUCCUACUUUUCUCGCUACUUGUUGCACCUUGGAUGAGAUUAAAAGUGGUCUAUCAUUGAUAUACGACCGCAGGGCCUUAUCGGAGAAGAACAUUGUGGGUGAAAUAAGCAGUUCCUGUCCAGAUGCAAAGGAGUUUAUUGCAAGAUACAAGUAAGUUAUUACAAGAAGGAAAAGAAGAGGUAGCGGUAAGAGGAUUAAUUAUUGCUAAAUACAAUU